GUCAAAAUUCAAAAAAUAUUUCCAGAUGAAAAGCACAUGUUUUUAAAAUGAACGGGAAUCCUCGGCGUCCGAAGGCAACCAGGAAGAGAAAGACGGUGAAGGAAUGUCCAAAUCCUUUAUUUCUCAAAUGGUUAGAGCGAUGGAGAGACGAAGCGAAGGCAAAAGAUUCCAAGUUGCAGUAUGUUUACAACAAGGCAAUCAGUUCUCUUAAGAAGUAUCCACUACCUCUUGAAAGUGGCAAAGAAGCCACAAUCCUGGAUGGCGUUGGACCUGGUAUUGCAAAGAGGUUGGAUGAAGAAUUGGAGAAGCACAAUCAGGAACUCAAAAAUGAGGUAGUACUAGACGUGGCUGACGAUGAUGUUGCUGAGGUUGAUUUUCCCGACAUGAGAGUUCCCCUACCAACAGAUAUGGUCCAAACGUCACCUGUUAGCAAUGGUACACCUAAAACUGGGUCAACUGAACCAAAACCUAAAAAAAAACGAAAGUCUAGUCCAAGGGAGUAUAUUCCACUGUACAGAAGUGGUCCAUAUGCUAUGAUGAUGGCUUUGUUGAAAGCUAGUGAGAGAAUUGGUUACAAGGGGUAUUUGACCAAGGCAGAAUUACAGCAGCAAGCACAGCCAUUCACGGAUACAUCAUUCACAGUUCCAGAGCCAGAUUCUUAUUACACAGCCUGGUCAUCCAUGUCAACAUUGAUUAAGAAAGGAUUUGUGAUGAAAGCUGGUAACCCAGCAAGAUUUUCCCUAACAGAUGCAGGAUAUGCUCUUUGUAACAAGUUAACAACAGCUACAGAAACACACAACACAACCAUAGGCUCACCUUACCCAACCUCACCCCAACUACCAACUAAUCCCAUCUCACCACCCUCCACCCUGAGAUCACCACAGGUCUCCAAAUCACAUGCAGCCACGCCUAGAUCACAGGCCACUCCAAAACCCAGCACACCUUCAGCCACCAUAACUAGUAUGGACAGUCCUAGCAUCAAUGUUGUGACUGGAAAUGACAGUCCUAAUUCAGAAUAUCCAUAUGGAAAUCCCUCAAAAGAUUUCCUGGCUUCAUACAGAUAUAAAACAUCCGGGACCGAGGUGAUGCCAAACCAAGUUGGGUCGCUAAAGUUUUGGUAUGUUGGAAGUGAUGGUGAGUGUGUUGACCAUCAAGAUAUGGCUGGUGUGAUCAUAGAUGAUGAGAUAUCAUUUGGAUAUUUAAUAAAGUGUCAGAAGCUUGAACUGGACAAGUCAAAAGUAAAAUACAAACUUGAUGAGUCACGACCCGGUAAAGAUGGUUACAUUUUUGCGUAUGUCGAUAGUCAGAGUAUUGAGAGGUUAUCACAGGUUUCAGAAUCCACUACCUUGGCGAUGCCAAAAAAGAAACCGUCUGCCAUAACGACUACGAUGUUGAACGAAGCAGAAGAUGACAGCGACGAUGAGAUUCUUAUGAGGCCGUUGUUUGAACGACUCGCUGGUGCCCAGAGCGACUGUGAAAAAACGAACGCAAGUGCAUCCUCGUCUGUUGAAAAGCCAGAAAUUAUUUCAAUUACUGAACUAAAUCGAGCCAAAUCAUCAACAACAUCACGACCAAGUGGUUCAAAAUCAAACACGACUGGUUUAAAACCAUCCUCAGCGGCAUUGUCUGUACCUGGGCAAGAAAAACCGCCAUCUCAAACCACGCAACGGUCGACUCGAGUUGUUGAAACAAACUUAAUGACGACUCAAACGAAAUCAUUAAAUACCCAUGAAAAACAACCAACUCAGGCAAAACGACCAGUUCAGAUAACACUGGACACUGAGGAAAAACAACCUUUAACACUAGACAUAGAACCAUCAAAAACGUCUACUCAUUCAGAACCACCAAAGGAGAAAUCCAUAAGUCUUUUAGCGACAACAAAGGGACUCGAUCCUUCGAGCGAAAGUGCGACGUCGAACAAGGUUGAGAAAGUAAUUGUGCCUGAAUUUCAAUUGAAGCCAGGCUCAUACGAGAUUGUUCUGUGUGUGGACUUCAUUGAAACAACAGGAGGGUCUAAAACAGGCCGUAAAGAAGAAAUGGUGAAAGAACUUCGAAUGAACGGCGUAUAUUUUGAUGUGAGAAAAUUGAAUGUUGGAGAUUUCCUCUGGAUUGCGCGUGAAAAGAUUCUCCCCAUUCCUGGUCAGCUUGUGUUGCCUGAGAGACGAGAACUAGUGCUUGAUUACAUUGUUGAAAGAAAGAGAAUGGAUGACCUGUGCAGCAGUAUUAAAGAUGGACGAUUUAAAGAACAAAAGUUUCGUCUACUAAACUCCGGCUUGCAACAUCCCGUGUAUUUGGUCGAAGAUUUUGGUUCAAUGAACCUAAUGUCAAUGCCAGCUCAGACUUUAGAACAAGCAAUCGUAAAUACGCAGAUUGGUCAAGAAUUCUUCGUGAAACGCACACGGGAUAUCAAAGAUUCAGCAGCGUAUUUGACCCUCAUGACAAGAUAUUUACAAACGACUUAUGAGAAUAAAACACUGAAUGCAAUCAGGAGAGAAGACAUUGAACAUGUGAAGAUUGAGGAGAACAAGAUAAACACGUUUCUUAUGACUUUUCAAGAACUUAAUGAUAUUUCCAUCAAGAACCGAAUUCUAACGGUUGGAGAACUUUUUGGUAAACAGUUGUUACAAAUUCCGGGUGUGGCGGCCGAAAAGGUUGUUGGUAUUUUGGAACAAUAUCCGACGUUGAAAGAUCUACUAGAAGCUUACGAAGAACAGACGACAGAAAAAGCGAAAGAGACUUUGCUCAGUGAUAUAAAGUUUGGCAAGAUGAAAAGGAAAAUUGGCCCAUCUGUUAGCAAGACUGUGUAUCAACUCUAUUGCACUAAAGGUGCUUUGUCAUGACUUUGGUUUGCAGUUCAUCAUUUGAUACUUGUUUUCACAUUUAUAUCAUCAACAUUCACCAGUGUUAUCACCAGAGACACUCCAAAAGAUUGUAUAAAAUUUUAUAUAUUGUUGAUAUUGUUUAUAUAUAUAUUUACUGUUUAUAAAAUAGAUCAAGGUCUUAUAAGUAAUAUAUCAUGAAGAAGUAUAUGUUAUAUUUUAUA